AUGCGCUUCGAUGCCAGUUCCAAGUUGAAUAGAGAGAAUUAUCUUGUCUGAAUGUAUGAACGAAAUUUAUGCAAAUCCUGUAAAACACAAUAUUACGUUUGGUUGAAUUCGAUCAAUUUUGUUUUUUAAAAAAUCUGCAAAACCUUUUGGUGGCUAAACUUCGUCACGAGUUGCAUUAUCAGCUAUGUGAAGCCACAAUAAUCAUUAAAGAUCGAUUGCUAACUUUUCUUAUCAAAAAACUACAAAUAUACCUAUAUACAACUUACCUUAACAUUUUCAGAGCUGCUUACUUUGGAUUGUUCGACACUGUAGUUGGCACGGUGGUAGAAGACAAACGAAACUGCCCUUCCUCGCGGCAUGGGUAAUUGGCCAGUUCAGUGUGGUUAGUGCUGGUCUUGUGUCAUAUCCAUGGGACACGGUAAGAAGAAGAAUGAUGAUGCAGAGUGGCCGAACAGACGUUUUGUACAAAUCGACGAUGCAUUGCUGGGUCAAAGUCUUCAGGGAAGAAGGCGGAUUCAAAGCCUUCUACAAAGGAGCCUAUUCCAACGUGCUCCGAGGAAUGGGAUCAGCGCUGGUGCUGGCGUUCUACUCUGAAAUCACAAAAUACGCUUAA